AUUCAUUGAAUCCCAUUGCCAUAUAUUUUGCGUGUUUAUUUUUGUAAUUUAAUUGUUUUGUAAAUUUUUAAGGACUAGUGAAUUAUGAACUAUUACAUUGUCAAGUAAUCUGUAUUUGUCACUUUGAAAAGUCGAUUGCAUUACGAUUAACGAAACAAUUAUAAAGACAUAAUGGAUGCUCAAGACCAAAUGGAGCUGAAAUACAGUGCAGGAGGAGAAGUUGGAGGCCUGGAAUUGUGUAUAGUCUGUGGAGACAGAGCUUCUGGAAGACAUUACGGAGCAAUAAGCUGUGAAGGUUGUAAAGGCUUCUUCAAGCGUUCUAUUCGCAAGAAGCUAGGCUAUCAGUGCAGAGGCAGCAUGAACUGUGAAGUUACCAAACACCACCGCAACCGCUGUCAAUACUGUCGUUUACAGAAAUGUCUCGCAUGUGGCAUGCGGAGUGACUCGGUCCAACACGAGAGGAAGCCGAUAGUGGACAAAGCGAAAGGUGAGGCGCGCGAGGCGCUGCAUGAGCGCCCCGGGGCCGUGUACUCCAAGCUGCUGGGUCUCGCGGGUCAGACGCAGACCGGACAGAUAAAUCCAAAAGAGGAGCCGAGUGAGUUCGGCUCUGUAUCACCAGCUCCAGCACUCAACUUCGCGUUAGCUGCAGCAGUGGCGUUCAACAAGAGCGCACCCGUGCCCUACCUGCCGGCAGGGGAUGAUGCCCGCAGGCACCUCAUGCUGCAGACACAGCUCGCUAAGAACCUCUUCAAGAUGGGACAGUUUGGUGCAAUAAACGAGUACUUACAGUCAGCUUAUGGCGCGACACCAGAGACACCGCUGGCUGCAUUGCACGCUGCAGACAACCAACAACCUGAAGGUGGUGGUGUUGAGGCGGGCAUCCUGAGUACUGCGGAGUCACAGCGGCUGACACUGUCGCUGCCGGCUGGCGCUCCGCCCCCGCUGCGCCUGCACGCGGCAUGUGAAGCUGGUGCACGUCUGCUGCACGCGCUCGCACGCUGGACCCUCGCCGUGCCUGCUGCUGCAGCAUUGCCAUUCGAGAUCCAAGCGACAUUACUGCGUAAAUGCUGGCCGGAGUUAUUCGUGCUGGGUCUGUCGCGGUGCAGCAACGCGCUGCAGCUGCCGGCCCUGCUGCCGCAUCUCGCAGCUCAUCUGCAGCGGGAACUGCGAGCUCGACGUGACAACCAACAUCUACAUCAUGCCAGAGAUGCAAGAGCUGAGUUAACAAUAGCUGACUACUCCGAGGAGCGCAUAGCGGAGGUGAGCGCGCUGCUCUCCCGCCUGCACCAGCAGCUCGCCGCACUCGACCUGCUGCGGCUGACGGAGCGCGAGCACGCACAUCUCCGCGCACUCUGUCUAUUCUCACCUGAUGGUGUACCAGAAUUCCUGACCCGCAAACUUCAAGACUACCAGGGCAAAGUGCUCCGUUCUCUCCGCACCAACACUGAUGAGGAGCGCGUGGCCACGUUGCUGCUGCAGCUGCCACCACUCCGCAGCUUCACACCCACAUUCAUUGAAGACGUAUUCUUCGUCGGCUUCGUCGGUGAUGUCUCCAUUGAUGAAGUUAUACCAUAUCUGUUGAAUGCUGAACGCUGAAGAAGACCUAGUGUUAUGGAAUGAUCGGAAAUAAUUAUAAUUAUGUUAUUUUAAAAUAUUAAUCUAAUUUUAAAACCAAAAAAUUCCGACUGACUGAAUA